AACAGCUACCCCAUGCCUCAUUCCGAUGAGCUGUUCGACCGCCUAGCAGGCAACCGCUUCUUUACGAAGAUUGAUCUUCGUAGCGGUUACCAUCAGAUCCACGUCGCUGCAGCCGACCAGCCGAAGACAGCGUUCCGAUCGCGCUUCGGCCACUACGAGUUUACGGUGAUGCCAUUCGGCCUCACCAAUGCACCCGCUACCUUUCAGAGGGCGAUGAACGACAUCUUCCGGGACAUCCUGGAACAGUACGUUCUCGUCUACCUCAACGAUAUCCUGGUCUAUAGUCGUACCCUUGAGGAGCACCUCAGACACCUCCGCGACGUCCUUGACCGCUUGCGCAGACAUGGCUUCUACGCCAAGCUGAGCAAGUGUCGCUUUGCCCAGCACAAAGUGGAUUUCUUAGGACGUUACGUGUCUGACCAGGGUCUCCACAUGGACGACGCGAAGAUCACUGCUAUUGCGGAGUGGCCCGCCCCCACAUCUGCCAAGCAGCUUCGCAGCUUCCUAGGCCUGACCAGCUAUUAUAGUAACUUCAUCCGGGGAUACGCUAGGUAUUCCUACGUCCUUACCUCCACCCUCCUCCGGAAGAACCCACUCUGGGCUUGGACACCCCUCCACGAGGACGCCUUCCGCGCCCUCAAGAAGGCGGUGACAUGCGCACCGGUUCUUCACCUACCCGAUUUUGAUCGCCCUUUUAUCCUUACCACCGAUGCGUCAGACUUUGCUGUAGGAGCAGUGCUUUCUCACGUCUUCCCCUCCUCUCCUGAUUCCUCUCAUCGUCGUAUCCCUCGCUUCCCACCACCUACCCCUACCACUGCUUCCCGACUGACGCCUACUUGUCCAGCUACUGACGAACCCUCUAUUAACUAUUCUCCUACCAUCGCCGAGGACGGCACUGUCGAGUSUCGCUCAGGUGAUUGUCCGAUAUCCUUCUACUCCCGUCAGCUCCUGCCCGCCAAGAUAAACUACACUGCUUAUGAACGUGAGCUACGUGUCCGAGCAGUAGCAGAGUUCCAUGACCAGGCAGCCGCCGGUCAUAUGGGCUUCCACAAGACGUUGGCUCGUGUGAGCCGCCUGUACGUCUGGCCGAAGCGCAAGGACUUUGUGAAGGACUACGUCGCCGAGUGUCCCAUCUGUCAGGAGGUGAACAGUGCGAACCACCUUCCUUAUGGUUUGCUCCAACCUCUUCCUAUCCCUGAGGGUCGUUGGCAGUCCAUCUCGAUGGACUUUAUCGGUUAUCUUCGACCUCCGACCCCCCGCGAUCAUGAUGUUAUCCUGGUCGUCGUCGACCGCUUUACGAAGCGUGCACGCUUUGUUCCGUGCCGCUAUGCCAUCAGUGCAUGUGAGGUCGCCGACAUCGUAUUUGACCGAGUUGUGCGUGACCACGACUUACCUCUGAGCAUCAUAUCUGACCGUGACCUGCGCUUUACCAGCCGAUUUUGGCGACGGCUCCACGAGGUGUACGGCACUCAGCUCCGCUUCUCCUCGUCUUACCAUCCUCAGACUGAUGGUCAGACCGAGAUCACAAACAGGACUCUCGGGGAUAUUCUCCGAAAGAUUGUUCGUGACGACCAGCAGUGGGAUCUCCAUCUUGCCCACGCGGAGAUAGCCUACAAGCACGCCGUCUCGCCAGCCACGGGGAUGUCACCUUCCUAUUGCGACCUCGGCUACCACCCUCGUGUUCCCGCGGACUUCCUCCGACUGUCACAGCUGCACCCUGAUACGAGUUGUCCCGCGCUGGAUGAUUGGGUUGCACACAUGACGUCGAUCAUGAAGACCGCACAUGAGCACAUAGCCGCUUCCCAGACUUGCAUGGCAGCACGUGCGAACCGAUCGAGGAUGGAUCAUCCAUUCAAAGUCAGUGAUGACGUGCUUAUCGACGCCCGCCACUUACAGCUCGAAGCGGACACGCUUCGCAAGUUUCGGCGUCGCUUCUUUGGCCCAUGCCGCAUCCUCCAGGCCGUCGGUUCUGAUACGGCUUCUAGCCUGGUCAACUUCCGUGUGAGGUUGCCCGACUACCUAUGUCAGGCUCGUGUGCACGAUGUCUACCACGUCUCGUUAGUGCGUCCUUACCGCAGACCGUCUGCGCGUUUCGCCGGACGACCAUACGAGCGCCCUCCACCCAUCAUGGUGGACGGUCACGAGGAGUUCCUCGUUUCAGACAUCAUUGGUCGAUGAGUCAUCGACGACAACCCUCCCCACGUCGAGUAUCUCGUACGU